AAAGUCAUGUUUACUAAUCUAGCACCAUAAUUCCAGUCUUAGAACCUCCCAUGCAGUUGGAAAGGGAAUAUGGGAAGAGGUGAGUAUGUUGGAAAUGUAGGGUAGUUCUCAAAUUGAGGCCAAUUUUGCUUGCUCUAAAGCUAAAAAUACAAGAUCUAGCAAAGAAGAGCCCAGAGCCCGGAGACGAAAACAAAAUCUUUUGGUUCAGAUGGUAAAGGAGGCCCUCAAGAGCAGUAGAAUCAGUGUAUCCCGAAGGCAGUGCUGGAGGCAUUCUCAUGAAGUAGUGGGUUUCUUCUUGGCAUCCAAGUCCUUUUUAAUUUCUUCAAGUUUUUUAGCCACGUUUGGUAUGUCAUAGUUCUGAGCCAGAUACAUUCCAACCACGUCGCCCAAUGUAAAUCCAAGCAGGAAUUGGAGCAUGAUGUCGGUGGGGAGGGCAAGCAGGGCGCAAAGGGCUGCUGCAGCUCUGCGGGCCGGUCCGAGCCUGCUUCCCCAUGCGAGGGGGACGGAAUCGCCCCCCCAACCUUUUUUUUUUGAGAGGGGAGUUUUGCUCUUGUCGCCCAGGCUGCAGUGCAAUGGUGCGGAUCUCGGCUCACUGCAACCUCCGCCUCCCAGGUUCAAGCGAUUCUCCAGCCUCAGCCUCCCUAGUAGCUGGGAUUAUAGGCGCCAGCCACCACGCCUGGCUAAUUUUUGUAUUUUUAGUAGAGACGUGGUUUCACCGUGUUGGCCAGGCUGGUCUUGAACUCCUGAUCUCAGGUGAUCCGCCCGCCUUGGCCUCCCAAAGUGGUGGGAUUACAGGCGUGAGCCACGGCGCCCUGCCAAGAAAAAUCAUUCUUUAACCUUAACUCAAAGCAACCAAUUCAAGGGUUGGAAUUACCCACUCCCCAUUUAGAACUUCCAGCAGCGGUCUUUAGCAUCAGCAGCCAUCAAGAUUGUGUUGGGUCGUUGCUUUCUUGUUUUAAAUCACGGUCAUGUGUUUGGCAAGGGUGCCGGUUAACCGAAAAUGUUGGUUCUAGAGCUAGAAGUACCGGCAUUCAAAUAAACAUAUUUGGGGGUGGGGGAUUGAUGAGCAAGACUGGGAGGAGACAAAAGAAGUAUCUCGGCUCAGUCGUCAGAGACGCGCAAGGUGUAAGGGAGAGAGCAAUUUAGGCUGUGAGAGUCGCUCCAAACAUUGAGACAUGGAGCCAGGACCUUUGCUCCUGGGAGAUGGCCCUAGUACUGAUGCGCAGGACCUGGUCCUUGAAGGAGCUGACAAAACUGCCGUUCACCCGCGCGACCACCGGCAAAGCAGCUGCACAGCCUGCCCCUCCUCUUGGCUGCUCCCCCACCCAUUUCCCGCCUUGUCUUUCCUCUCUUCUCUCUCCCUCCUCCCUGCGCGAAGCGGAAGUGACGCGAGGCAUAGCGGAAGUUACUGCAGCCGCGGUGUUGUGCUGUGGGGAAGGGAGAAGGAUUUGUAAACCCCGGAGCGAGGUUCUGCUUACCCGAGGCCGCUGCUGUGCGGAGACCCCCGGGUGAAGCCGCCGUCAUCAUGUCUGACCAGGAGGCAAAACCUUCAACUGAGGACUUGGGGGAUAAGAAGGAAGGUGAAUAUAUUAAACUCAAAGUCAUUGGACAGGAUAGCAGUGAGAUUCACUUCAAAGUGAAAAUGACAACACAUCUCAAGAAACUCAAAGAAUCAUACUGUCAAAGACAGGGCGUUCCAAUGAAUUCACUCAGGUUUCUCUUUGAGGGUCAGAGAAUUGCUGAUAAUCAUACUCCAAAAGAACUGGGAAUGGAGGAAGAAGAUGUGAUUGAAGUUUAUCAGGAACAAACGGGGGGUCAUUCAACAGUUUAGAUAUUCUUUUUAUUUUUUUUCUUUUCCCUCAAUCCUUUUUUAUUUUUAAAAAUAGUUCUUUUGUAAUGUGGUGUUCAAAACGGAAUUGAAAACUGGCACCCCAUCUCUUUGAAACAUCUGGUAAUUUGAAUUCUAGUGCUCAUUAUUCAUUAUUGUUUGUUUUCAUUGUGCUGAUUUUUGGUGAUCAAGCCUCAGUCCCCUUCAUAUUAUCCUCUCCUUUUUAAAAAUUACGUGUGCACAGAGAGGCCAUCUUUUUCAGGACAUUGCAUUUUCAGGCUUGUGGUGAUAAAUAAGAUCGACCAAUGCAAGUGUUCAUAAUGACUUUCCAAUUGGCCCUGAUGUUCUAGCAUGUGAUUACUUCACUCCUGGACUGUGACUUUCAGUGGGAGAUGGAAGUUUUUCAGAGAACUGAACUGUGGAAAAAUGACCUUUCCUUAACUUGAAGCUACUUUUAAAAUUUGAGGGUCUGGACCAAAAGAAGAGGAAUAUCAGGUUGAAGUCAAGAUGACAGAUAAGGUGAGAGUAAUGACUAACUCCAAAGAUGGCUUCACUGAAGAAAAGGCAUUUUAAGAUUUUUUAAAAAUCUUGUCAGAAGAUCCCAGAAAAGUUCUAAUUUUCAUUAGCAAUUAAUAAAGCUAUACAUGCAGAAAUGAAUACAACAGAACACUGCUCUUUUUGAUUUUAUUUGUACUUUUUGGCCUGGGAUAUGGGUUUUAAAUGGACAUUGUCUGUACCAGCUUCAUUAAAAUAAACAAUAUUUGUAAAAAUCGUA